AGAAAACAACAUGGCGACACUGGUUGCUAGGCUACAGAAACUUUCGCCCUUGUGUUUUUGUGGCGUAUCUGAGCGCGUUUCGAUUGGGAAUUAUAUUUUACUACAUUUUAGCAUUGGUUUCUUUACAUUGCGUUGUUUCUAUGAGACAGAAGACGCCGCUUAAGGACAGCUGUGUCUGGAAAACCGUCUUGGGAAAUCUGGGAAAUCUCUCAAUUUGGACACAAGAAGCCAAUUUUUCGCUGAUGCUGGGUGGCUAACGUUAGCAUGUAAGCUAUGUAACGAUGACAGACGUUAAAUAAGAAUAGGAACAGGAAUUUAAAUGUCUGGUAAAUUUGUUCAUGGAGCGAGCCGACCGUCGACUUGUGAAGAACCAACCAUACGAUGAGAGCGUGGAAGUGAGCGACUCGGCGGAGGAGGCGAGCAUCCGCGGCCAGGCCGAGCGCGGGAGAAACAGGAGGGGGCGCAGCCUGUUGUCAGGCAACAACAGUAGCAGUGACGAGAUGGACGAAGACCCCGCGCCUCCAAGGGCCAAAGGGCCAAUAAGCAGGCAGCCCGGGGUCACCCCCAACGAGGAAGAAGACGAGGAGGAUGAGUCAGAGGAAUCGGACGACGACGAUGAUGACGAAGAUACCGAUGAUGACGAAGAUACCGACGAGGCUCCCGAGGGCGCGUACGACGCGGCUGACUACGCCAACUUGCCUGUCAGUACCGAGAUCAAAGAUCUAUUCCAGUACAUCAUGCGGUACUCUCCUAAAUCCAUCGUGCUAGAACACAGCCUAAGACCCUUCAUCCCAGACUUCAUCCCGGCCGUGGGUGACAUUGACGCCUUCCUUAAGGUGCCGAGGCCGGAUGGCAAAGCGGACGGGCUGGGCCUUCUGGUUCUGGACGAGCCCAGCAUCAAGCAGUCUGACCCCACAGUCUUGUCACUGUGGUUGUCCGAGGAGACCAAACAACACGCCACCAGCGAGCUGAAAGUGACCAGCGUGUCGAGUCCUCAGUCCAACCCUCGCGCUGUGGACAGCUGGGUCGAAAGCAUCGGCGCCCUACACCGCUCCAAGGCGGCGGCCAGCGUGCAGUACGCCCGCGCCAUGCCUGACAUCGACGCCCUCAUGCAAGAGUGGCCACCGGAGGUUGAGGAGACGUUAGGGCGCGUGCGCCUGCCACCCGCCCGCCUCGGCUGCAGCCUGCCACAGUACUGCGAUAUUGUGUGUGCACUGCUGGACGUCCCCGUAUACUGCAGCCGCAUCCAAGCGCUGCACCUGCUCUUCAGCCUCUUUCUUGAGUUCAGAGAUUCGCAGCACUUUGCGCGAACUUGAUUCUGUUCUCCAUGCCACGUGCGUAAUGAUAUUUUUCAUGUCUCCUUUUUGAAAACCACAUUCAAGUGUGCCUGGACCAAUAACGUCCCUUUCCAACCCAGGCUGAACUUGGCGUCGCCCCAAGUCUCAGUCAAGAUCAUGUCAAUGCUCAAAACCAUGGACACAGUAGGCACCGGGUAACCAAUAAGGACCACAUUAGUAGCCUGCGGGCCUGUCCUGAAAACAGUUCACCAGUGAAUGAACACUGUGAUUUCCAAGGAAUGUUGUGGAAGUGACUGUUGAAAAUAAAAACAAUUGCAGAUAUUUAUAGAAUGUUGCAUGUUGAUUUUUACGUUUCCUUUCUUGUGAAGUCAUUGAUGAUGGUCAUUGUAAAAAAAAUCUUUAACUGGAUCAGUGUCUUCACAUUGGUGCUAUCAUUAAAUAUUAACAAAAGCUUGUAAUUGAAGGUAGGGCUUUGGCACCAUCUUGUGGCAAAAUUAAGAUGGUGUGUUAUUGUUUUCCUUUGUUCUAUGUUAUACUGUCUACACAUAUUUAUAUUUUGAUAAUUUGUAUUCUUCAGAAGGACCAAUAAAUGGUUGGAUUUAAAAU